GCGGCGGCCCCUCCCCGGGGCGGUGCCGGCGGCGGCGGCGGCGGCGUGGGGCCAUGGUGAAGAUCGGCGUCCAGCAGCCGCCGGCGGCACUCAAGCCGGAGAAGGAGAAGGAGAAGGCGGCGGGGGGCGAUGGGGCGGCGGGGGCCGUGCUGCUGCCCCCGGGCGCCGAGGAGCUGGCUCCUGCGGUGCAGGGUCGGAGGUCAUCGCUCAGCGGGGUGUGCUACCUGACCAUGGGUCUCCUCGUACUGCUCCUGGGCUUGGUCUUUGCAUCGAUGUAUGUGUACAGAUACUUCUUCAUCACCCAGCUGCCCCGUGAGAGCGUGUUUCACUGCGGUGUCCUUUACGAAGACUCGCUGUAUUCGCCGUUCAAAGGGCAGCUGGAGUUGCACGAAGAUGUCAAGAUUUACAUUGAGGAGAACUAUGAGCAAAUCAACGUCCCAGUGCCCCAGUUUGGAGGGAGUGACCCUGCGGAUAUCAUCCAUGAUUUCCAGCGAGGUCUGACAGCUUACCAUGACAUAACGCUGGAUAAAUGCUACGUCAUCGAGCUGAACACCACUAUUGUGAUGCCUCCUCGCAACCUGUGGGAGCUUCUAGUUAACGUGAAGAAAGGGACAUACCUGCCUCAGACAUACAUAAUCCAAGAGGAGAUGAUCGCGACCGAGCACGUCAGUGACAUGGAGCAGCUCGGCUCCUUCAUCUACCGCCUCUGCAGCGGCAAGGAGACCUACAGGCUGAAGCGGAGGAGCGCAAGGAGACGUAUCAGUCGACGUGAGGCUGGAAACUGUCAUCGUAUUCGUCACUUUGAAAACACUUUUGUGGUCGAAACUGUUAUCUGCAAAAAGUCCUGAAGCCACUCUCCAGAUGUAACCUUCCUUGGCUUUGCUUGCAUACACGUGCACACACAUGCUGUCAGCCCUCUCUUUAGACAUGGUAAUCUGUCUUACUUUUUUUACUUCCUCCCUUGCUUGUGCAGCUCUAACCUCUUGGGUCCAUUGUAGCCUGACAGUGGAUUCUCUUCUCUCCCUGCUACCUACCUGAGACAUUUGCUGGGCUUAAAUUUACACAGUGGUUAAAGAUAACCUGGGAGUAGAUGCAGCUUCUUCCACACCACAGGAUGUGAGUCUUUUGUUGGGAGCAGGUUUGGGACAGAAGGGAUGGCCAAGAAAUAGGAGUGCUAGAAAUAGGUGCUCCUUUCCUGGCUGAGCAAUUUCAGGCCAGUAUAGUGCUUUAAAAGCUUCCAUGGCACUGGGACAGAAGGUGUAUACACAAGAGGAGGGUUAUCAUUUUAAUGCUGAUAUAAUGACCAGAAAUACAUAACCAGAUGCACUUAUGAAACGAAUGAUUGUGAGGCUACAGAGAGGUUGAUUUAGGAAGCUCAGCAGAGGGACGGUUUCUGCCCUGACCAUGCUGUGGUGACCCCAGCUUGUUGUUUGCUGUCCCCGCAAAGACCAGAUUUUCAAACAUCAAAAGCAACCGCUAUGUGCUGGUUUUAUGUCUGGCUCCUGGGCUCAGCCCUCACCACGUCUGCUCCUGAACGCGGCAUGGCUCGGCGUGACCCGCUGAGCAGUGCAGGGUGUCCCGAUGGGUGUUCGGGGGGGCAGGAGGGCUGGGCAAGGGGCAGUGAGCUGGGCUGGGAAUGACAUGAAUGGCACAGCAUGUCCCUGCUCCCCGGCCACAAAGCAGAGGGUGAAGUGCAGGACGGUGUAGCCCUCUCUCUAACACACAGCUGGAGCUGCUGUGGAUCCUGGGCAGGUCUGCUGUCACUUUGCCUAAGUAAAUAAAGGGGUGAAUCUUUGAUGCAAGGUGCCACAGUUCCACUGAUGUCCCAUCUAUAGGGAGCGGAGGUGGGUGGUUUGCUCCAGCCAUGUGUCUGUCCUGGCCAGCUCUACUUGCUUGGGAAGAUGAGUUAUGUUCACAUGGGUCUGUCUUCCUGAGUUGUCGAGAACCCAUCUGUGUGCUGAUGGGAUGCUGUGCCUACAUACAAAGUGAUGCCAGGAGCAGAACUGCUAGUUAUUGGCAAGUGCAGAGGCAGAUUUUUUUUUUUUUUUUUAACAGAGUGCGUAUUCUUGUAUAACUCCUCUGAUGAGAGCUGUUUUGAGAAUAAUUACUGUAGUCCAGUCAUGUAUCACAUUAUCUGCAGGCACUGUUGUAAUACAGAUAUUGAUACAAGGCAAGAUUCGGCUGAUCAAUAUACUGCAGAGAAAUUGUGUGAACGAAACUGCAUUUCUGUUGAUCAUCAGACAGAAGAAUUGCAGAGUAAUUAAAUAUACUUUCCUCUGUUCCAUAAAUAUAGUUAAAACUAAUUAGGUUCUUGAAAUGCAGGAAGUUUUCUGGCUUGAAACAAUGGGGUGAGUUUCAACUUGGCAUGUUCUUGUUAAUUGGUUUCCAGCAAAUCUGGACUUGUUCACCAUCUGUUGAAAUUAGCUCGUUGUUUUAGGAGAGGAAGGAUAAAGUAAAUGCAAGUACAAUCAUUAACUCAGCAGAACCAAAAAAAAAGUGAAUCUAUUUUACAAUAAAACUUUUAAGUAUUAAUACUGUGAGUUAAUUAUGUGAAAACAAAACAGGAUCUCAGAAUGGUUAUAUAAUGCACUAGGAAUUAAUAUGUCCUUAGAGGCUGAAAAUUUAUUUUUCUUACAUAAGCAUAGUCAACUAUAAACAUGAAGUUUUAACAAGUAGAGGAGGUCACUUUGGUUUCAUUCUGCUUUAAGCUUGAUGUAAAAUGUGCACUUCACGCAGGUUGGUAAGAAAAUUUCCCACUGCCAGAGGGGUAUGUGCUUUUCUAGCACUGUGAUUUCCAACAAUAACUUGCUGCUAGCCUUAACUUUUCACUGUGGAGCAGAUGACAAGAAGUGGGUCAGGGAAUUGGUUGGCUUAAUGGAAGUACCUCGAAUUGGUAAAUUUAAGCCCUGCAUUUCUCUUAAUUUCUAGGAAGCUAAGCCUGCACUCAGUUGAGCAUACAGACCUUUUUCCCUUUCCUUCUGAUUCUGCAUGAAUUAAUUGGUCAUUGAAUAUGCUAACUCUGUGCAAUCCUGCAGCUGUAAGGACAAACCUUGGUACUUUAGGGUGAACUAAUGUGGUCACUGUUUCGUAGGAUGAGAAUGCAGUUGUCUAGAAAGAAAACAUAAGAUGCUUUGUAUAUUUUGUCUGGUAGGACUCUUACUACUUAGGAAAUAUCCAUGGGAUAAUAAAAUCUUUUACCUCUGA